AUGUCUAGAAGUUCUGCAGGCACUUCGAACAGUAUAGAUUCUUUUUCCCCCACCAUAAAAUCACUUUUCGGUGUUCCAAUAUCGUAUAGAUAUUAUUUAGAUCGAUUAAGGAUACUUGUUGGGGAGCUUCAAAACCCUUGGACUUUUUUAUCUAUUACAGGAUUCGCCGUUAGUUUAUAUAUCAUUUAUCCAUCCCUUCGAUUUAAAGGCCGGAGGAAUGAUAUGCAUUUCACGAAAAGACCAGAUAAAUAUACAACUGGGUUUAUAAAUCCUUCAAUAGACUGUUUUGCAAAUUCGAACUUACAGGCUCUUUCAUCUUUACCGACUUUGAAUGUAUAUCUCAAUGUUAUUGAAACCAUUUUCCAAAAAUUACGUCACCUUGUUUUAUCGGAGAAUUUAAGCCCAUUAACUGCAAACGAAGGUGGUGUAUCGUUGCCAGAUAUCAAGUUACAUGAAGCAUUAAUGACAAUUUUGGGUAAACUUCAGUCAACGAUAUUCUUUCCAAGAGCUAUCUCUGUGUGGGAUUUUUUACAUGUUCUCGAAAAUAUUCACGAUGCUCACAUAUCUCGCAAUCAACAUGAUGCUCAUGAAUUACUCCAACUUAUAUUAGAAACACUUAUGAAAGAGUAUACAAGUUUGAAGACUGUAUAUAAAUCCGAUCCAGUCUUUUCAGCUGAAUUGAAAAAAGAUGGUAUAGGUUGUUUCCCUGAGUUUCCUUUUAGCAGCGAAGUGGCCUCCAAUUUUCGUUGUAUGCGCUGUGGCAAGUUGUCAUCUAUUACAUAUAAUCCAAUGAUGAUUUCAUCGAUUGGGCUUCCAGAGGAAAGUUCAGUGACUUUAAGUACACUGCUUAAAAGAAAUGAAAGUGAAAUAAUUGAAGAUUAUUCUUGCAUGGUUUGCAAAGUGAGAUAUAUUUUUGCUACCAAGGCUGACCUUAUAGAAAAUCCAAAAAAAUUAGAGCUUGUUGAUAAACUUCAAAAUCUUUAUGAUAGAGGUAAGAUAUUAAUAAAUAGUGAUCUUGAUCAACAAUUAGAAUCAUUUAUAGAUAAUUACCCAGGUAUACACACUUCUGGUUUAAAAUCUGUUGUUCACCGAGAGGUUAGUAUUGUGAAACCACCACAAAUACUUAUUCUUCACCUUUCAAGAUCUAUUUAUGAAGCAACACAUGCAUGGAGAAAUUAUUGUCAAGUUCAGUUUGAUACAUCUCUUCUUUUGAAUGUAGAUCAAAGAAAGGCAGCCAAAUAUUAUAAUAAGACACAACUGAAAUCUAAUCCUGAUAAUGAGUAUAUUAGCACAAAACGUUAUUCAUUCACACUUCGUUCCGUUAUACGUCAUAUAGGAUCACAUUCCAGCGGUCAUUAUGAAUGUUAUAAAAGAAAGCCAAAAUAUUACAAGCAGCUGUCAACAGGUAAAUAUUAUACCCGGGAACCAAAUAUUAUUGGAUUUACGAACGAUACUGAUAUCACAGACAAUGCUGGUACGAAUAUACCUUUAAACUCAAAUCAUCAGGGAAAUAAUGCCGAUAUAAACGGUGAAUUAUCUGGUGAUAUUCUAAAUGGAGCACCCAAUGUACAAUCAACAUCGAAUGUGUUAAAAAAAGUUUGGAAUGAACGAGAUAAAGUACUCAAGAGUUGUCUCAAAAAACCGUUUUGGAAGAUCAGUGAUGAUGUUAUCAAAGAGGUGCAUGAAUCAAAAGUUCUAAGCGAUGGUGAGGGAGUGUACAUGCUUUUUUACGACAGAUCCGACUGUCUGAACGAAGAAUUAUUAUGA